UCAAAAAGUUACAACACAAAUUAAUUUCAAUUUAUAACAAAAGAUGGCAAGUCCAAGAACACGACGCGUAUUGCAGGAACUUAAACCACAAGAUGAUAAUUCAAAAUGCUUCGAAUGUGGUACACACAAUCCUCAAUGGGUAUCCGUUACUUAUGGCAUAUGGAUUUGUUUAGAGUGCUCUGGAAAACAUCGUGGCCUUGGUGUGCACAUUUCGUUUGUACGUUCGGUCACAAUGGACAAAUGGAAAGAUAUUGAAUUGGAAAAAAUGAGAGUGGGUGGAAAUCGUAAUGCACAUGAAUUCUUAGAGGAUCAACCCGAUUGGAAUGAACGUGCACCAUUUGCACAAAAAUACAAUUCAAAAGCUGCAGCUCUAUAUCGCGAUAAAAUCAAUACACUAGCACAAGGUAAAUCCUGGGAUUUAAGUGAAGCGCAAAGACGUAUUUCGAACAGUAACAAUUCCAACUACAGUAGCAGUAGUAGUAGUAAUUUGGGUGGCAGCAGAUCAACUUCAGCACAACAAUAUAAUAGCAACAGCAGCAGUAAUAAUGGUUAUCAGAAUGGAGUUGGCAACUACACCGACAACAAUUAUCAACAAUACAAUACACCAGAAUUUAAGGAUCAGAAAGAGGAAUUCUUUACACGUCGACAAGCAGAAAAUGCCACACGUCCAGAUCAUUUGCCGCCCAAUCAAGGUGGUAAAUAUGCAGGAUUUGGUUUCACAAGAGAUCCACCACCGAAAACCCAAUCACAAGAAAUUCUUGACUCCACACUAUCGUCACUGGCAUCUGGUUGGAGUCUCUUAUCAGCUAGUGCCUCCAAAAUUGCUGUCACUGCUAAAGAAAAAGCUGUCACCACAGUCAAUUUAGCUUCUUCCAAGAUAAAAGAGGGUGGCUUACUAGAUACUGUACAAACCCAAGUCACUGAAGUGGCUAGUAAGGUUCGUAGGUUUAGUAGCUAA